AUGGCAUCCGAGGAAUCAUUGAUGCUGGCCAUCCUCAGCGCAGGUCAAGUGCUGAUGGGCAAGGUGGGCGUUGCGGUGGAGCCGAUUCUGCAAACGGACCACCGCUCCCAUAACCUUCUGCCUAUCCGUCAUCUCGCCAACGGCAACGGUCUUAACCAUCACGCCGCCCAGUUCCGAGUCGUCCGACUGGGGAUGUACCUUCGCACUCGACGAGGACAUCAACCAGCAUGCACAUUCUGCCCCAAUCCGCAAUGUCAAUCUCCCAGCUCGCGCGCAGUCUUCACAUCUCUAUCCACAGAAGAAGAGAUAUCGAUACUUGCGAGCAGUGUGCAAAGCGAAUUGACUCCCAUCUCCAUAUGGUAUUCGGCCAGCAAAAAAUUGGUGCCUUCUGCUUCCACGUUCGAUCUCUUCACGCUCCCACGACAGGUCAUCAAUGUCGAGAAGAAGUUCAGAAGGGGCUCCUCUUCGACCACUGGAACGAUCCACCAGACGCGAUGCUCCUAUCCGAUGACCCCGCCGAGGUUUAUCCGUAGCAGGAUCUGA